UGAUGAUGCAGAGUUUCUGUGGCGUUUGGCGCGAGCGUCCCGUGAUCUGGCGUUACUGUCCAACGCCGACGAGAAGAAGCGGCUCACAUACGAGGCCUUUGACUUCGCCAAGAAAGCUCUGGAGAAAAAUCAGGCUUGCUUUGCAGCACACAAAUGGUUCGCAAUCUGCCUCAGUGAUGUUGGUGAUUAUGAAGGGAUCAAAGUGAAAAUAGGAAAUUCCUACACCAUCAGAAACCAUUUAGAGCAAGCGAUUGAACUCAAUCCAAAAGAUGCAACGUCCAUCCAUAUUCUUGGUUACUGGUGUUUUGCGUUCGCUGAAUUAGCGUGGUACCAGCGGAAAGUUGUAGCAGUUAUUUUUGCGUCUCCUCCAACAGCCACUUAUGAAGAGGCUUUGGCAUUUUUCCUGAAAGCUGAAGAAGUUGACCCAAAUUUCUACAGUAAGAACCUGCUGAUGCUGGGAAAGACGUACAUGAUGCUGAGAGACGUCAAGCCGGCGGCGCUGUGGCUCACUAAAGCACGAGAUUAUCCUGCAGUCACAGAAGAAGACAAACAGGUUCAUAAGGAAGCGCUGGAGCUGCUGAAGAAACUCGACGGAUGAGUAGCAGCUAAAUCAGACCCGAUGUUAUCUAACAGUUACCCAGAGAUGCCUUCAUUGAUUUUUGUAAUGACUUACUAUUGAUUUGUGUAUGAUGGCGAUUUAUCAUUCACUAUUUUAGACUCUCAAGUGUCUGCCAUUAUCUGAGGCUGAAUGAAAGGACAAUGUCUAAAUGUAAUGCAGACUGUAUUUGACUAGUACUGGUGUAUUUCUAGCACUCUUGAAUGUUUGCUAGUUUCAGACCUUAACAGGACGAGUCCACAGAUUCAACAGAGACCCUGGACUGGCUGCAGAUCAAAGAUCACUCAGUGAAGCUUCAACAUGUGGCUAAUCUGUUUAUCGUAUAGUAAUGAGGAUUUUUAUCAAACUCUUUUAACACACGUGUGCACCUGGAUACUUCUCUGAAUACUUCAGUUUACCCCCAUCUUCUCACAGAAUCGUCCAUCCAACUAGAAGACACUGAAACUUAAACUAUGAAACAUGGUUUUUGUUCUUUAUUUACAUGAAUCUGAUUUCAAAUGUUUUGGAAGCAAUUAAACUAUCAAAAAUUAAUUUAACAAAUUGUCUAUAUUUUGUUCUCUCUGCAAAUGAAAUAAAUUCAAACAAACUUGAAUAUAUAUUUAUGCUGGGCUCAGAGUUCUGUGUUGAGAUGCAAUUAAAGAAUCUAAAAAACCCCCACAGGAAUCUCCAUCAGUGC